AUGUCAUCUACAAUGAAAAAGUACAACAAGACAAGAUGGCAAGACUUCAGUUUUCAAGAAACAAGAAUUAUAGAGCGAGGACAACGAAAACUGCAUGACUGGAUAGCAAUUUUUCCAAACGGCCGAGAGAUUCGUUUUAAUGUUUCUUGCUUUGAGAAAGAGUACUUGAAAUUGGAAAAGAUGAAUGUGUUUAUAAUUGAUGAUGACGACUUAUCAUUCAUUCAAAGUACCAAGAAAAAUGAAGAUGCGCCUGUAAACAUGAUGUCUUUUGAGCCGUUCAUGAUAGGCCGAAAAAAGCAUUUCUAUGUUCGUGCAAUCAACACGGGAAAUCCGAUUGAAUUUGGUCCAAUGGUUUAUUCGAGGAAAGUGUUCACUGAUGAAAUACUGCAAAUAAUUCCGUUACUGAUGAAGCAACAGAACACUCCGUUAGCUGAUUCUGACAGGAGACUCGAAACAUAUAAAAAUAAGUGGAAAUCAGGCGGUGAGCAUCUUUUCACUGCAAUCGAGUUGAAUGAAUUUGAGGAAGUUCUGAACGACUUUGACAUUGACAAGUCACAAAUUACUAUUGUAUCCGAUAUAACCCAUUACUGGUCUUCCAUACAAAUCAUUGAACAAAACCAGGCCUUCGCCACAACAAUAACUCCGAAUGGUAUGGCAGUUGUGGAACCUUCACAUGCCGCCUACAUGCAUUUUAUAUCUCUUGUCUGUGGUGUCAAUUGGAAUUCAGAUGCUGUGAAAGGAAAAAUGAUUCAUUUUCAACAAGUAAUGAACAGAAUAAUAGAUGAAUACAGAGAAAUGAAGAAAAAUGUGAUGGUUUCUGAUGGAAAUGUCAAAAUACCAGAUUCCGACGUUGACUCGUUUAUUGGUGAGAAAGAGAAGAAAAUAGAAAUAAACAAAUUAUUGGAAAGCGCAAAGAAGAGAGAAGAAAUUCUUCGGAAGAGGAAGUUAGAUAAGAAAAAUAAAUCUGGAAGUGAGCCAAGUGGUUCUGGUGUAAAGACGGUCACUCCAGAAGCAGUUGGACAGAAUAAACCGGUUCCGUCAGAACGGGAAAUCGAGCCUGAGAAGAAGAAACCGAUGCAAAGCAAGCUAAUUCAAACUAGUCCUGACGAAUGUGACCACUGUUUGAAAUCCAAUAGGGUGCGAGAUGAGGUGAAAAAGGAACUGGAAGCAACAAAGAAUAAGCUAAAACAGUUGGAGGAGAAAGCACAACAAGUCGACGAGUUGGAAAGAGUUUUGAAUGAGAACAAGAAGAAAAUUGUGAAACUAGAAUCUGAAGCGGAGAAAAUGAAAAGUUUGGAUAAGAAAGCUUCAAGAGUAGACGAGUUAGAGAAGAUUCUGGAACAGCGACAUAAGGAAAUCGAGGAAUUGAAACUUCAGAAUACGAAGUUGACAGAAGAAAACUAUGAUAUCAGACAAAUGGAGGGAAAUGCGUAUGAAGACAUGAAGUUGAUGGAGGUGGACCUGAGGAACCUGAAGGCUGAACGGAGGAAAUUGCUGGAGAGUAAUAAAUUACUCACCGAAUCAACGGAUCAAUUGGCAGAAAAGGUGGUACAACUUGAAGCUCAAAUGGAGUGUGGUAAAAAAGAAACCCAGUCACAGCAAGAAACACCAGAAAGAGACAGAAUCAUUAAAGAACUCGAAGCGACAAGUAUGCGUGUAUUGAUUCAAAAUCAGGAACAAACCAAAGAGAUUCAAAAUCUGUUGGAGAAGUUGAAAAUGAGCAAGCAGUGA